CCGAAAACUGUGAGAACCGAACUUAAUUCAGCACAUAUAUUAAUCUCGAACCACUUCCACUGCCACUCCACUCCACUCCGUCUUCUAUAUCACCACCCUGUUUCGUCCAAUCAAGAAAUUCCAAGGAGACGUUACUACUGGAACUGUUAUGGUCGAGAAGGAAGAGAUCAGGAGAAACGUACCUCGACGCAUACGCCGUUCUGACCUCGCCAUGGAAAACACUAGAUCGGCUUUGCUCUUACUCUUCAUCAUUUGCUUUAAUAUAUGCGCUCUGCAACCACUCCACUCCAAACGCACAAGUUUAAUUCGCGAUUCAGCCCAAAAAAAACAGAGGAUGAGGAGAAAGCAGCUGCAGCGGUCUGUAGCAACAGAGCAGCGGUCUGUAGCAACAGAGCAGCAGCAGAAAGGUUGUUAAGGAGCAGCGAAAGCGGCAGCACACACGGAGGCGGCAGCACACACGGAGGCGGCAGCGAGGGUCACGAGCCGUCGUCGAGUAGCUCGGGCUCUGGAUCAGCAAUUCCAAUCCUUGGAGCUGCUGCGGCAGGCAAGGCGAGGAGCGGCAAUACUAACCACCGUCACGGCAGCAAUAGUACCGCGAGCAACAACGCCAGCGUGCUGCUAAUCUUGUUGAUCAUGGCCGGUGAGGUUCUUGCUUGUGUGCAAUUUUAAGCUUCCAUCAGUUGCAGACAUGUAUGUAUGUUACAUAUAACUGUCUACUGUAAUUAAUGCUAUGAUGAGAAGUUUCAUGGUUCUAGGCUUCA